UUUCCUGUGUUCCAGAGCCUAGCCCAGCUAGAGAACCUGUGCAAGCAGCUGUAUGAGACCACAGACACUGCGACACGGCUCCAGGCAGAGAAAGCCUUGGUCGAGUUCACCAACAGUCCAGACUGCCUGAGCAAGUGCCAGCUUCUUCUAGAAAGAGGGAGUUCAUCCUACUCCCAGUUAUUGGCAGCUACAUGCCUUACAAAACUCGUGUCACGCACAAACAACCCUUUACCAUUGGAACAACGAAUAGAUAUUCGGAACUAUGUGCUCAACUACCUUGCCACUAGGCCAAAGUUGGCAACAUUUGUCACACAAGCACUAAUCCAGUUAUAUGCCAGGAUCACAAAGUUGGGCUGGUUUGACUGUCAGAAGGAUGAAUAUGUCUUCAGGAACGUGAUCACAGAUGUCACAAGGUUUUUACAGGAUAGUGUAGAGCACUGCAUCAUAGGAGUGACAAUCCUGUCCCAACUAACUAAUGAAAUUAAUCAAGCGGAUACUACUCAUCCACUGACCAAGCACAGGAAAAUAGCCUCUUCUUUCCGAGAUUCAUCCUUAUUUGAUAUUUUCACGCUGUCAUGCAAUUUGCUGAAACAGGCUUCUGGGAAGAACCUGAAUCUAAAUGAUGAAAGCCAGCAUGGUCUGCUCAUGCAGCUUCUUAAGCUCACGCAUAAUUGCCUGAACUUUGAUUUCAUUGGCACAUCAACAGACGAGUCCUCAGAUGAUCUUUGCACUGUGCAGAUCCCAACCAGUUGGAGAUCAGCAUUCUUGGAUUCUUCGACCCUUCAGUUGUUUUUUGAUCUUUAUCAUUCCAUCCCUCCUUCGUUUUCUCCUCUGGUUUUAUCCUGCUUAGUGCAGAUAGCCUCUGUACGCAGAUCCCUCUUCAACAAUGCGGAAAGAGCAAAGUUUUUAUCUCAUCUCGUUGAUGGAGUUAAACGAAUACUGGAAAACCCACAGAGUUUGUCAGACCCAAAUAACUACCAUGAGUUCUGCCGAUUGCUGGCCCGAUUGAAAAGCAAUUACCAGCUGGGAGAACUGGUGAAGGUGGAGAACUACCCUGAGGUCAUCCGACUCAUUGCCAACUUCACCGUGACCAGCCUGCAGCACUGGGAGUUUGCUCCCAACAGCGUUCACUAUCUCCUGAGCUUGUGGCAGCGGCUGGCUGCGUCCGUGCCCUACGUUAAAGCCACAGAGCCUCACAUGCUCGAAACGUACACACCAGAAGUCACAAAAGCUUACAUCACGUCCAGGCUGGAGUCUGUGCACAUCAUACUGAGGGAUGGUUUGGAGGAUCCACUGGAUGACACUGGCCUUGUGCAACAGCAGCUAGAUCAGCUCUCCACCAUCGGCCGGUGCGAGUACGAGAAGACCUGUGCUCUGCUUGUGCAGCUCUUCGACCAGUCAGCCCAGUCGUACCAGGAGCUGCUGCAGAGUGCCACCGCCAGCCCCAUGGACGUUGCGGUACAAGAAGGGCGCCUGACGUGGCUCGUCUAUAUUAUCGGGGCAGUGAUUGGUGGUAGGGUCUCGUUCGCCAGCACGGAUGAGCAGGAUGCGAUGGAUGGCGAGUUGGUUUGUCGAGUGCUGCAGCUGAUGAACCUGACGGACUCCCGUCUGGCGCAGGCUGGCAACGAGAAGCUGGAGCUUGCCAUGCUGAGCUUCUUUGAGCAGUUCCGGAAGAUCUAUAUUGGAGAUCAGGUGCAGAAGUCUUCCAAGCUCUACCGCCGUCUCUCAGAGGUCCUGGGCUUGAAUGAUGAGACCAUGGUCCUGAGUGUCUUCAUAGGAAAAAUCAUCACCAACUUGAAGUACUGGGGCCGAUGCGAGCCUAUCACCUCCAAGACGCUGCAGCUGCUCAAUGACCUCUCCAUUGGAUACAGCAGCGUUAGAAAGCUGGUGAAACUGAGCGCCGUACAGUUCAUGCUGAACAAUCACACGAGUGAGCACUUUUCCUUCCUGGGCAUUAACAAUCAGUCCAACCUGACUGACAUGAGAUGUCGGACUACGUUCUACACUGCACUUGGACGUCUUCUCAUGGUGGAUUUAGGGGAAGAUGAGGAUCAGUAUGAGCAAUUCAUGCUUCCCCUCACAGCUGCCUUUGAGACCGUGGCACAGAUGUUCAGCACAAAUACUUUCAAUGAACAAGAGGCAAAAAGAACCUUGGUUGGUUUGGUGAGAGACUUGAGGGGAAUAGCCUUUGCCUUCAAUGCCAAGACCAGCUUCAUGAUGCUGUUUGAGUGGAUCUACCCAUCUUACAUGCCAAUCCUACAGCGGGCAAUUGAACUCUGGUACCACGACCCAGCCUGCACUACACCUGUCCUCAAACUGAUGGCUGAGUUGGUACAUAACAGAUCCCAACGGCUGCAGUUCGAUGUGUCCUCACCGAACGGCAUCCUGCUCUUCCGAGAAACGAGUAAAAUGAUAACUACGUAUGGAAAUCGUAUCCUGACGCUUGGGGAGGUCCCAAAGGAUCAAGUCUAUGCCUUGAAGCUCAAGGGGAUUUCCAUCUGCUUCUCUAUGCUGAAGGCUGCGCUGAGCGGGAGCUACGUCAACUUUGGGGUCUUCCGUCUGUACGGGGAUGAUGCACUGGACAAUGCCUUGCAAACUUUUAUCAAGCUUCUGCUUUCCAUCCCUCACAGUGACCUCCUGGAUUAUCCCAAGCUCAGCCAGUCAUACUAUUCUUUGCUGGAAGUUCUCACCCAGGACCACAUGAACUUUAUAGCCAGUCUGGAGCCUCAUGUAAUCAUGUAUAUUCUCUCUUCCAUUUCAGAAGGCCUCACUGCACUAGACACCAUGGUUUGCACAGGCUGCUGCUCCUGUUUGGACCACAUCGUGACGUAUCUCUUCAAGCAGCUCUCUCGCAGCACCAAGAAGAGGACCACACCUCUGACCCAGGAGAGCGACCGCUUCCUGCACAUCAUGCAGCAGCACCCAGAGAUGAUUCAGCAGAUGCUGUCGACAGUGCUGAAUAUCAUCAUCUUUGAGGACUGCAGGAACCAGUGGUCAAUGUCUCGGCCUCUGCUUGGCUUGAUACUGCUCAAUGAAAAGUAUUUCUCCGACUUGAGGAACAGUAUAGUGAACAGCCAGCCUCCGGAGAAACAACAGGCCAUGCACCUCUGCUUUGAGAACCUCAUGGAAGGCAUCGAACGCAACCUCCUGACCAAGAACAGGGACAGGUUCACGCAAAACCUGUCGGCCUUCAGGCGAGAGGUGAACGACUCCAUGAAGAACUCCACCUACGGCGUGAACAGCAACGACAUGAUGAGCUGACGUCUCCCAACUCCACCUGUACAGAGCAGCAUCUCUUUGGCCUGGCCCAGAGGGGUUACCGUUUCCGAUGGAAAGAAAAGAGGGCGUUUCUAAUCCCUGCUCUUCCCCAGGGCUGGAUUGCGGCGCUCUCGCUUUGGGCCGUACUCCACGUCCCGAGGGAGGAGGGAACAGGAGGGGUUGUUGAGCUCACCGGGGCAGGGUGCUUCUGUUUCCAUGGGAGGGGGUGGAAGGGCAUAAGCCAGGUGCAAGAAUCCAGCGUCUCCCUACCCGAAUGUCUGCGUGGAACGCCAGCGCUCUGCUGCAGCCUGCCUUGUAUAAACAUGUACAUUUUUUCAUAACAUUUUGAACAAGGUUUAUAUUGACUCGAGUUUAAA